GGACAUGCGCACCCCGGCAACAUCAACAACAACAACACCAGUAGCCCUCGCGGCGCUCCUCCUCGCCGCCACCGCCGCGACGGCCCAGUCGGUGCGCAGUGGCUGUUUGGCGCUCGAUGGCUCCGAGGCUUGCCCUGGGUUCAAGUACGCUUUCGUCUCGCCCGGCAACAUCUCGCAGACGGUCGAUGCCUUCAGCUUCAUGUCGAGCGUGCGCACGCUCGCCCAGUUUGACCGCGCAGUAAACCAGUACCUCACAAACACUUGGCCCUCGGAAAAGUUUGACAACGAGCUCGGGUGCUCGAGCGCCGACUCGGCAGUGAUUAGGUACCAGCGUACUUGGGUCUGCGGGCAGCUUACGUCGGACACGGGCGCGCAGGGGUGUUGGGGGGCAGUUCACGGAGAUGUGACCACCUUCCCCAAGGUGUGUACCGACACGUGCAACAAGUUCUCCACGUCCGAGCAGCAGAUUGUCGCCAACACGACGCUGUGCGAGCCCCUCGGCGCUACGGGUCAGGCGAACCGCCAGACGCAGCUCUCGACCGACUAUAACGCCUGCGCGCUCGUGUCGACCAGCCACGACACGUGCAUCACGGGCGACUCGAACGAGAACAACUGCGGCUAUGGGACGUACACUGCUGGUUUGUGCCAGCAGUGCUCGGUGUCGCCUGACCCGUGCUGCUACAAUGCCGGUAUCACCAAGGCCAUGUGCGGCUACGAGCUGAACGCCGCCAGCGCGUCCGCCUCGUCGUCGGCGUCAGGCAGGCCCACGAGCGGCGCGUCGACGGGCGGAAAGUCAAAGGGCAUCGGCGGCGGCGCGAUCGCCGGUAUCGUCAUUGGCGUGCUCGCUGGUCUUGCCAUCCUCGCCGUGCUCAUCUGGUUCCUCCUCCGCCGUCGCCGCAACGCGACCGGCACGAGCAAGCAGAACGGACGCAGGUUAAUCUCGUCGCCGAGCGAGAAGGACCUCGGCGCCGGCUCCACGGCAAACUUCUCGUCCCCCUCAAACGACACGCACCCGGACGUCAUCUCGUCGUCGCCUCCGCGCGGCGCGUCGAUCGGCGCGGGUGCCGGCGCCGCCGUCGCUGCUGGCGCUGGUGCCGUCGCUGCUGGCGGCGCUGCUGCGGUCGCUAACCGCGCGGCCGCGUCCCCGCCUCGUACGAACACGCCGCCGGUCGCCCAGCCCCCUGUGGCAAGCUAUAACAACUAUGCCACCCCGUCCCCGACACAGCCUGGCUUCGCGGCCCCUGCGGCUGGUGCCGCCGGAGCUGCUGCCACUGCCGGCGCUGCCGGCUCGGGCGCCACCUCGCCUACCACCUACGCCACGCCCACCUCGGCCUCGCCUCCCAGCUCGGGCCCCGCGUCGCCUACCCGUGCCCGCCCGCUGCCGUCCACCCCGACUUCUCGCAACGUCGCGGCCGGCGCCGCCGCUGCCACUGGAGCCGCUGCCGCCGCCGCUGUCGGUGCGGCCGCGUUUGCCAACAAGCCGUCGUCGGCGCCAUCUCCACCCCAGCAGCAGACCCGCGCGCCCGCUGCGCCACCUGCGCCUGUCGCCGCGCCACCCGCACCCCGUGCGCCGGCGCCGCCUGUUCCAGUUUCUGCCCCCCAGCCUCCCCCUGUGCAGCAGCAGCAGCAUGCCGCGUAUGCCAAGCCGCCACCUCCUGUCGCUGCGCCUGCACCUGCGCCGGUUCCAGUCAAGCCUGUUGCAGUUGCACCAGUCGCCGCCGCCGCUGGUGCUGCUGGCGUCGGUGCGGCGUCCCUGGCGGCCACGACGUCCAACGCUUCCUCUGCGCCCAAGACGUCGCCGGGCGGCCCUGUCCUCGUCCACAGCGUCAAGGACCAAGCCGGCGUCGACAUUGUCCGCGGCACGCGCGUCAACGUCAUCCAUCCGUACACUGCCGGCCUCGAGGACGAGAUUACGCUCCAGCCCGGCAUGAAGCUCGUCGUGCACGAGCUGUACGAUGACGGCUGGGCUUCGGGUACGGUUCUGACUGCGCCCGACCGGUUCAGCAAGGGACAGAUUGGGCAGGUGGGCAAGUUCCCCACGGUUUGCGUUGUCGCAUUGAGCCACUAGCGGAGACACGGACAAUGGCGCGGUUUCUUGACAUAUACUGAGAUGUAUCACUAAUACACGUCGG